GCCUUGGCGUUUUCCAUCCUGAACUCAAGAUGCUGAGGAGCUCGGGGGAGAGGCGUCGCCGGGGGGGAUGGCUGGUUGGAGGAGCUGCCAGGAAGAGGACGUGAGAGCCUGGGAGGAGGAGGUCUGCAGAAGGGAGGGCACAACCUCCGUGGGACUGAGCCAUCAGCAAAGGUCACCGUGGUUUCCCUCAGGGCCGGGGCCAGGCUGAUUCCAAAGCUGAGGCUGGAGACAGGGAAGAGCGGACCCAGAGAGAGCCGCCUGCCAGCCACGUGGAGCCAGGGCUGGGAAAUCACAGGGCAGUUCUUCAAAGAAAGGGUACCAGGGGUGCAGCACGGGGCCUCCCAGUCACCCAGCUGCCCAAGGCCAUAAUCCUAGCAUUUCGGGAGGCUGAGGUGGGAGGAUCACUUGAGCCCAGGAGUCUAAGACCAGCCUGGGCAACAUACUGAAGCCCUGUCACUACCAAAAUACACAGGUUGUCCGGGUGUGGAGGUGCGCUCCUGUUGUCCCAGUGACUUGGGAGGCUGGGGUGGAUCACCUGAGGCGGGGAGGUGGAGGCUGCAGUGAGCUGUGAUUGUGCCACUGCACAUCAGCCUGGGCGACUGAGAAAGACCCUGACUCAAAAAAAAAAUUGUCCCAAAACUUCAUGGCUCCAGACGCCAUUUAUCAUCCCACAGUGUGUGUGGGUCAGGGAUCCAGGGACUGGCUCAGCCGGGCCUCCUGGGCAUCAUCUUUCUCUAGCUGAAGGCUUGGCUGGGAAGGAGCCACUCUUAAGCCCUCUCCCGUGGCUGCUGGGGGAACUCCGUUCCUUCAGUUCCUUGCCAGAUGCUGGCUGGAAGCCAUGCUGAGCUCACCACAGGGGUCCUUUGCUAUCAGGCAAGCCAGGGGGUGGGAGAGGGCAAGAGAGGGCACCGGAGGUGGAAGCCACGGUCUGUAACCGACCCAGGAAGUGAGGCCCUCACCUGUGCCAUGUUCUGUUCAUUAGGGGCAAGUUGCCAGGUCCAGCCCACACUUAAAGAGCUGGGGCCACCCAGGGAUGUGAUCACCAGGAGGUGCGGUCACUGGGGGCUUCAUCAAAACUGCCCCCAAUACUGGGUGCUCAGGGAAUGAGGGUUUCUUGGUCAGUUAAGUUUGUUAAUGAAUGUGCCUUGCGACUCUUCAAGGAAAGGAUAAAAUUGGCAUCGUAGGUGGGCGUGCUGGCUCGCACCUGUAAUCCCAGUACUUUGGGAGGCUAAGGUGGGAGGAUCUUGAGCCCGGGAGUCUGAGACCAGGCUGGGCAACAUAGUAACACCUUGUCUGUACAAGAAUCAAAAACAAGAGAACAAAAUUAGCUGGGUAUGGUAGCAUAUGCAUGCAGUUCCAGUUAUUCGGGAGGCUGAGAGGGGAGGAUCUCUUGAGCCUGGGAGAUGGAGGCUGCAGUGAGCUGUGAUCCUGCCACCGCACUCUAGCCCAGGUGACAGAGUGAGACCCUGUCUCAAAAAAUAAAAAUAAAAACAGAAAUGUCUUCUGCCACAGUCUGGAGGCCAGAAGUCCAGUGUCAGGGUGUGGGCAGGGCUGCCCCCCUGCAGAGGCUCCUGGAAGGCCCUUUCCUGCCUCUCCCAGCUCUGGGGCUCUGGCUUCCCAGGCUUGUGACCACUCACUGCAGCCUCCCUCUCUGCGCCAUUCUCACUGGGCCUCUCCCCUGUGUGUGUCACAGCUCCCUCUGUCCACCUCUGAGAAACUGGCUUUGAUUGUCCUCAGGACGCCCUGGAUAAUCCUCACUGUGACACUCAGGACCCCCUGGAUAAUCCUCAUAACCUCUCCAGUGCAGUCUUGGAUUUAAUCACACCUGCAAACACCCUCACCUUUUUGCCAUAAAAGCCACCUUCACAGGUCCCAGGGAUGAGGACAGGGACAUCUUUUUGAGGGGACCAUGAUUCAGUCCACCCCAGGCCCUGUGUGACUCCACUGACCACGUGUCCAUGAAGCCACCAGCCUGGGUGCCUGUUCAGUUGCAGGUUUUAACAUGGAGCCUUUGAUGCCCACUCAGGAAGGCCUGGCUUCAGGAAGGUUCUUUGCUGCUGCUGGAGGGGCCGUCCCACCGAGCCCCUGCUGCUCUGCUUGCGUCUUGACUGUUUCCAGGCCGAGCGCCCUGUUCUAUUUCAAAGCCCAUGUGUUUUCUCACACCCUGCAACAAGCACCGUGAAAGUGCCGCUCCCAUCUGGGCAGCAGCCACCGCCGGUGAGGUCGAGGCAGUGGGGCCAAGGGACCCCCAUCUCCCAUGAGAGUAUGGGACAUGGGAACGAGGUGGAUUGAGGCUUGGGAUGCCAGGAGCUGAGGAGCUUGGAGCACUUUACCCAAGACGAAGGCAGGGCCACGGAGGGGGUUCCAGGAGGGACGAGCUGUCUGAAGAUGCGGAGAUUGAUGGCACCGUCUUCCCCAGCUGUGGCCCCCAAGCAUGGCAGCCCGCCCUCUUGGGUGAGUGUGGAGCACCGUCUUCCAUUGCUAGUGUCACUCACAGCUUCAGGUGGCAAAGGCUGAGGGUGGGCCUCAGGUCCUGGUGGUCUCCAAACUUCCUCUGAUCGUGUCAGUAAAAUCGUGUUUAGUGCACGCUUCCCGAAUGGACGUAUUUACUUAGGUAUCAAUUACAUACAUGUACCACUACACACAUGCACCACUACAUACAUGUACAACCACACACAUGCCACUACAUACAUGUACCACCACACACUUGCCACUACAUACAUGUACCACUGACCUAGCAGACUGUACCUUAUGAAACUGACCCCCCAUACAACAGUUCAGAAAGGGGGUGAAGAAUUUCACAUUAAUGCUUAGUCCCAGAACCUCCAGGGCAUGGGGGUGAUGUGGUUAGAUUGUGUGUCACCACCCAAACCCCGCAGUGAAUUGUAAUCCCCAGCUUUUCAGAGAGACCUGGAGGAGGUGAUUGGAUCAUAGGGGUGGGUUUCCCCCUGCUGUUCUCAUGACAGUGAGUUCUCGAGAGAUCCGAUGGUUUUAUAAGACGCUGUUCCCCUGUGCGUGGCACUUCUUCCUGCCGCCUUGUGAAGAGGGUGUCUUCCACCAUGAUUGUACGUUUCCUGAGGCCUCCCAGCCUGCAGAACUGUGAAUCCAUUAAACCUCUUUCCUUUGUAAAUAACCCAGUCUCAGGCAGUUCUUUAUAGCAGUGUGAGAACAGACUCACACGGAGGGUGUGGACAGCUGGCACUCCCUCGUGGACCCAUGCUCCCCUUCCACGCCAUGGUUCUGUGGGACCAGGAAUCAAGGUAGACGCACAGCAGGGAGGGGGCAUUUAGGGGACUCACUCGGAAACCUCAGAUGCUUUCGAGCGCUGGGAAAGCUGGUAUCUUGGGAACUGCACCGCUUGCUAAAUGACUGCCAUAGUCAGCUGUUUCUCCAGUUUUUAUGUUGGCGCCCCAGAUGCAGGCUGUGUGUACGUCUUCCCACGGUGCUCACCCUUUCUCCACAUGCACGUCUCUCGUAUUUUCUAUUCUGUUUUGUGCCGUGGGAAAAGACUGCUGACCCAUAGAAUGACAUUGCAACGCCCUCGUGGGUCCCGGCGCCCAUGCUCGGAGACACGGGUGUGAGGGCUUGUGCCCUGGGGCUUCGGAGAAGGGAGACAGCAUUGUAAUUCUCAUAUACAGAGACAUUAGCCUGACUUUGAUUGAUUGAUUGAUUGAUUGAUUGAUUGAUUGAGAUGGAGUCUUGCUCUGUCAUCCAGGCUGCAGUGCAGUGGUGCCAUCUCAGCUCACUGCAACCUCCGCCUCCUGGGUUCAAGUGAUUCUCCUGCCUCAGCCUCCUGAGUAGCUGGGAUUACAGGCACCUGCCACCGUGCCUGGCUAAUUUCUGUAUUUUUAGUAGAGAUGGGGUUUCACUAUGUUGGCCAGGCUGGUCUUACACUCCUGACCUCAGGCGAUCCACCUGCCUUGGCCUCCCAAAUUACUGGGAUUACAGGUAUGAGCCACCACACCCAGCCUAAUUUUAUUUUUAUUUAUUUUCUUUUGAGACAGGAUCUGUUGCCUAGGCUAGAGGGCAGUGGUAUACCCAUAGCUCACUGCAGCCUCUUCCUCUUGGGGUCAAGCCAUCCUCCUGCCUCGGCCCCCCGAGUAGCUGGGACUUUGGGUGAGCACCACCAUGCUAAUUUGUGUAUUUGUUUUAGAGACAGGAGUCUCACUAUUUUGCCCAGGCUGGUCUCGAACCCCUGUACUCAAGUGGUCCUCCUGCCUUGGCCUCUCAAAGUAUUGGGAUUGCAGGCGUGAGUCACUGCAUCUGGCCAGGACUUAAUUUUAUAUUUGUGUAUCUCGUUUUCUCAUCUUUUGGGUUCCCCUGGGGAGGGAGUGUGUCCUCUUCCUUUUCAUGUCUACAGAGGACCUGCAACAGACGGAGUGCUAAAUGGGAUAUGAUGAUGAUGAUGAUGAAUGAAUGAAUGAAUGACUACAUGAUGAAUCUGUCACUGGUGGCUUCCAGGUGCUGAGGGGGUCCUGGGGUUUGCCACAGCAAACUUGUCAUCCUAGAGAUGCAGAGCCGGCAAACCGGGUCCUCAACCUGGGCUCCCUGGCUCUGCUCCCCACAGGCGAGGCAGAUGGCCGCCUUCUAAGCCCCCGUCCCCUGCCAGCCAGGGCAGUGAGCAAACCCUUCUACAGCAGCUGGCCUCUGCUGACCCCGUGAUCGGGGUCUGCUCUGUUUGGAAGAAGAUUCACGCCCCGCGCAGUUGUCGGCCCCACAGCAGAGCCGGGAGGGUGGGAGGGGCAGCCCGGGUUGGCCUCCAGAACUGAACGGCUUGUUCCCCCUGUCCUGAAGGUGCUGGCUGCCAGGCUGGCAGUGACAGUUUUAUUGGCAGGCCGGCCUGCUAGAAGGAUUGUAGGCUAUUUACAGUGUUGAGGCCAUGGCUUUGCAGGGAGACAGUUAACAUAAAUUCACAUGAUGGAUCCGUUAUCACUUCAUUGAACUUGUGGCAGACCCAUCGAAGGCCGAGCAAUAACACACUGUUUCCUGGGUUUGCACAGCCCUGGGAUACAUUAAAUACACUUUAUUUAUGGCUCGCCAUCGCAGCGCUGUGGGCAGGAGAAUGCAGCUUUUGCGACUAUCGUCUAAUUUUAUGAUGAGCAUUAAAGCCGGGCCUAUAAUUUGCACCUUUUUAUUCAUUAGACAGUGGUGCAGCCAUAAGUCAAACAGGCCCAGGGAUUCAGAUGCAGAUACAGAAGAUAAACUAUUGACAAGCCAGAUGUAUUUUUACAUUAGAGCGCCUUUACAAUAGUUUAUGUUGAGAGUGGAAUAUAAAUUGCGUUAUUAAAUAUGAACCGCUCUUGGAACCCGGCUCACCAGCGUGCUGCAGGAGGGAGGGGCCCGGGGCCGGGAGCUGGGAGGGGCUGCCUAAUUUCUCAAGGUUGAAUGUGUAAUUCUGCUCUGUGGAGUUUCUCCAUUCACAGUGCUCAAGUGGGAGCAAGACGGGAGAGGGCGGGGCCAGGGGUUCGGAGCAGCUCCUCCUGAGCAGGUGAGAGUCCAGUGGGCAGUGCUUUCUGCCCAGCUCCUUCCGGGAAGGAGCGCCAUUCCCUGCCAGGCGGGAUGGGGUGUGCCCUUGGCCUCUGUGUUCGCCCUCAGGGGGGUCCCAGGUUGAGGGUGGCAACGUGUGGGGCCCCCCAGACUUGCAGGGGGCCCAUCACACUCUGUACAUUUCAGCAGCCUACAUUGUAAGUUACUCUGUACCUUUCAGCAGCCUACAUUGUAGCUUUUCUUGCUAAGAGUUUGAUGGGAACCCAAGAGUCCCUGGCAGAAUCCACUUCGGUGGAAUUACAGGUUCCCUGGGCCACGGCUGACUUGGAGGCCCAAGAACUUGCACAGAGACGGAGGCUUCUCAACCUUAGCCCUGUGUUUUGUUUUUUUUUUUUUUUUUUUGAGGCAGGGUCUCGCUCUGUCCCGAAGCCUGGAGUGCAGUGGCACGAUCAUGGCUCUCUGCAGCUGCAACCUCCCAGGCUCAGAUCAUACUCCCAUCCCAGCCUCCUGAGUGGGAAUACAGGCACACGCCACCAUGCCCAUCUAAUUGUUCUGUAAUUUUUGUAGAGAUCACGUUUCGCCAUGGUUUGCCCAGGCUGGUCUCAAACUUAUGGGUUCAGUCGAUCCACCUGCCUUGGCCUCCUAAAAUGUUCAGAUGACAGGUGUGAGCCCCCACGCCUGGCAGCCCUGUGGGUAUUUGGGUGAGAUAAUUUUGGGUGGGUGGGGCCGUCCUGUGCACUGUUGGGUGCCUCAACCCCACGAGCUGCCCGUAGCACUCACUCCCGAGUUGUAACAACCACAACAUCUUUAGACAUUGCCAGAUGUCCCCUGGGGGCACCAUCACCCCUGGUUGACCACGAUACUACCUGUCAGGUUGCUUGUUUGCACUGGAAGACCUGCGUUCAGGUGUAGCUCAGCCCCUUGGCCUCUGUGUUCUCCCUGCAACCUGGAAGGGGUCAGAGCACACGGUUUCUGACUCCCUCUGGCUCUAAGUGCGUAUGGCUUUAGAAGGGCCGUCCAGGUGUGUGUCCAGCACAGCGGUAGGAAGCUCACCUCUGCCACUGCCUCCAGAGUGUCUGCAUCCAUGGGUUAGGUGGCUCUGUUCCCCUGUGUGCGGCCCAGGCCACUUCAGCGGUCAGAUGUCCCUGAGUAUGGAAGGCUGGGGCCCAAGGCCAGGGGGAGUGGAAGGGGCACUGGGUCCCAGCUAUUCCCAGGGCUAAGCAGAGGAUCUCAGCGUCCCAGGGUGUCAGCCUCCCCCGAAGAAUGCGUUACAAUCCCGACAGCUGAGAUGCAUCCCCAGCGUGGGUCUGGGGCAGGGCUAGAGGCUGCAUUUCUAACAAUGCCACCGCUAGCCCGAAGGCCACAUUGGAGUCACCAUGCCAGAUAGAGGCAGGUUGGGGAAAUGUGCUUGGGAAGCAUGCUGAGAAGUCUUUUUAGCUGCCUUGAAGCCAGUAACAUGCAAGGUCACAGAGGUGGGGCUAAAAGGUCCAACCUUCAAGGUACAGGACCCCAGGGCAACCCCAGGCAUGGCUUCCUCAGAAGCAGAAGACGAUGCAGCCUACUCACUGCCUUUCCUGGCACACUGCCCAUUUUGUCUCCUGCUCUUUGUCCAUCUCCCAUGUUUCUCCUGUCUGCCCAUCUAGAUCAGCCCUUAGUACAAGUGCUACCUCCUCCAGGAAGCCCUCCCUGACUGCUCCAGCCCAGCCUGCUUAUGAACAGGCACACGCAGGCUGGUAGCCUUCCUGCCUCUCCCAGGAGCCAGAGCCAGCAUCUCAGCCUAGAGAAGCCACUUCUGUCUGUGGGACAUUGGGGACAAGCACCCCCAAGAGGACAGGGUCUAGUGCCAAAAGGAGAGAGUCCUUCCAAGGUACUGGUGGAGGCUCCCCCGGCCACUGUAUGAGGAACAGAAAAAGGCGGACAGCCGCGAAGUAGGAAGCCACUGGGGAGACUGCUACAGGGGUCCAGGCAGGGCCAGGGUGGCAGCUUUGCAGGGAGGGAUUGGAUUUGGGAAGUGUUUUGAGCAUAGAGCUGUCGGGAUUUGCUGGCGGAGCAGAGGUGGGACAGGAGACGGGGAGAACCUUAGAACAUCUCCAAGUCUGUUGACUUGAGCGGCGGGAAGGUUAGCGUUGCCAGGAGGAGCAGGUUGGGGGAGGGAGAGGCGCCGGAGCUCCAUCCUGGCCAUGUGAGAGCUGCCGUGAGACACUGUGGAGAUCCAACUGGCAGUUGGAUAUUUGAGUCUGGAGCUAUGAAUGUGGGCGUCCUCUGCGCACAGAUGGCAUGGAAAGCUGGGAGACUGGGGAGACACCUUGGGAGUGAGUGACGUUGUGGGAGCCCAGGCACCAAGCCUGGGGAUUCUGACAGUCACAGCCUGCCUUGGUCUCUGCAGGGACAGCAGUGAGGGUGCCCGGGCCCUGUCCUUACGAAAGGUUCACCAUGUAGAAGGCGCCAGAGGCCAUCUCAGGAGGCACUGUUUAGAGUGGGGAUCAGGGUUUGAGAAUAUACCAGAUGGCCAGGCGUGGUGACUCAUGCCUAUAAUCCCAGCACUUUGGGAGGCUGAGACGGGAAGAUUGCUUGAGCCCAGGAGUUUGAGAGCAGCCUGGGCAACAUAGGGAGACUCUCUCUGCCAACUAAAAUUAGCCAGGCGCGGUGGUGCACAUCUGUGGUCCUAGCUACCCGGGAGGCUGAGGAGGGAGGAUCACUUGUCCUGAUGUCAAGGCUGCAGUGGGCAGAGAUUGCGUCACCGUGCUCCAGCCUGGGAGCAGGGCAAGGCUGUAGUGUCUCCUAAGUCAAUACAUAUUACACCAGAACGGCCCAGCCUUUCUCUUGCCUCUGGUGCAGUGCUUCCCGGUGGUGCAUGCUCAAAUCAGCUGGGGAUCUUUCAAAACCCCUCUGACGCCAGGCCCCGCCCCCGAGACUCCGAUGGAGAUGGUCCCAGUGUAACUUCCGCAGAGCCAGCCAGGAACUCCGCAGGUGGGCAGGUGGGCAGGUGGGCAGCCAGGGCUCACCACCGCUGCUCUGGGAAGGCCAGAGUGGUGGGGUGUGGAACAGAGCUGAGGGACAGCAGGGACAAAAUCUGAGCUGGGAAGGCCCCUCUGAGGCCCAGCUGGCAGUUUUCACGGGUCUGUGAAUGCUGAGCUUGACACCAGGGGCCAGGGAUUCUGAGCAGUACCUCCCCUUGGGGUGUCUAGAGGGGUCUGACGGGUGCCUUGGCAGACACUAAGUGGUGUGCCUGGGCCAGAUGGGGCGGUGGCUCAUGCCUAUAAUCCCGGUGCUUCAGGAAGCUGAAGCAGGAAGACUACUUGAAGCCAGGAGUUCAAGACCAGCCUGGGCAACUUAUCGAGACCCCAUUUCUUUUUGUGUGCUCUGUUUUCUGGGACAGGGUUUUGUUCUGUCACCCAGGCUUUCACUCUAGUACCUCUGGAGGGAGGGUAGCCUUGCAGUCGCCUUGAUUUUGAACUUGGGGUCUCCAGGGUCAUGAAGGAUGCGCUUCUGUGAUCUAAGCCGCACAGUUUGUGGCCCCUUGCUAUGGCAGCCCUGGAAAAUUAACACAGGAUCGGGCAGGGUUUGCUUCUGUCUUGUCCCCCCUCCCUGUCCCUGUGUCCCCUCAGAGGAAGUCCCUGCUGUGGAGGGCCCUGGGGCUUCCAGGGCCAAGGGUGGCAGCAUUGCUAUCUGGUCGUUCUGGGCCCAUGUGCCUCCUUUGUGUCACCAGCAUACCUCCUCCAGUGACAGGACCCCCAACGCUAGAGAGCCUGCAGCAGGUGAAGCCAGCCCACCCGGCUCAGUGGGCAUGACCAUGACUGCGUGUGUGUGAUCUGUCAGCGCUUGCAGGGUGGCCAGCUAGCAGCUGCCUUCCCUUGGGGACCCAAGGGUAGGUCGUCCUGUUACCCUAGAUGGAGGAUUAGGGCCUCCCUCAGAACCCCCGGAGAGGUUGCAGGGAGCCCGUCGCAGCCUGGAGCUGCAGUGCCACGGGCCUCCACACGGGGGCGCCCCUAUUGGCUGCGCCCGCGGUGUGGGGCCGCGCUGUCCUGCAGGGGGCACUCUGCAGUCUGUGCCGCCUCCGCCUGUGCCACGUGACGCUCUGGGACUCAGCGUCCCCCUCUGUAAAAUGGGAAUCAUGACAGCACGUACUGUUAUUACCCGGGGGCGUUGGGAGGAUUAAUAAAUUGCUAUGUGUGGUGUUGAGCGCAGCGCCCGGCACACAGUGAGCGCUGUGAAAGUGUGUGUUAAACCGAGAGAAACGGAAACGGCAGGGCAGGGCAGGGCAGUUGGGGGUGCAGGGGGGCACCCUGCUGUCUCCUGGACGAGGCCUCCCACCAUCAAUCUGAGCCCAGGACAGGGGUUCCUGGAGGGUCUGUCGGGCCCUGGCCCCAGAUUGCAGGGGAUGGGAGCCUAGGGCAUCCUUCAGGGGUCCUGCUCUUCACAGGUCACCCCAAUUCCCCACACCCUGGGGACACUCAGCCCCCGGAGAUGCACCCCACAGAAGAGCACAGCCAGCAGGGCUCAUUCAAGCAGGAAAAAGCUGAGGCACAGAGAGGGGCAGGGUUUGGCCCCAGGAUGCACAGCCCUAGCCGGUCUCGGACAGUGGCCCCGGCUCCCUCAUUAGUUGUUCAGUCAACAAACAGCUGCUCAUCAAUUUCUAACCAGGUGGGGAGGAGAAGGUGGGUUUCCAGGGCUGUGGUCUUGUUCCUUUGCAGGCCGCGCUUGUGAAUGGUUUAACAGUUUCCACCCGGGGGCAUCAGGGGUGCUUCCAGGCACCAUUUGUUCCAAGGGCUGUGGCUUCCUGUCGCCCUGGGUGGAGGGUUAGGGCCUCCCACAGGACCCCGGUGAGGUAAAUAGGGAAAGGGUAGCUGUGUUUCCAUGCUCGUAUUUUUAGGGGGAAUGGCCUCUCUGGGGUCCCCAACUUUAAGGCCUUUUUGCUAAAAGAGGCUUCAGGGCCGGCAUCUCCUGGCAGGCCCCUGCUGAGAGCUUUCGAAGGGAUGUCGUUCAGCCCCACAGCACCCCCUUGAGGUAGGGGCCAUCAUCGUUUUUCCGGGAUGCUGUGCUAGGCACGUCCAGGGCCCCUCCCUCAUGCAGGCUCCCCAGCAGGCAGGACUCCCACCCCAGGGCCCCUCCCUCAGCAGCGGGCAGGACUCCCACCCCAGGGCCCCUCCCUCACCAGCGGGCAGGACUCCCACCCCAGGGCCCAUGUACAGGAACAACCGUGGGGCAGCCGUGCCUUGGACCCAGGCAGGCCAUCAUCAAAUCCCCACGCCCCCAGGGUGCGCCCGGGUCAUCCCCCACCCCACCUCGGCCCCCUCAUCCCCCAUCCCUGGCAGAGCUACAGCCGCAGCUUCUUCUAAUGGGUUAAGUGACUUUGCAUCAGACACAAUCCAGUUGACAUUAUCGGCAUGAAUAAAAGAUGAGUUCUGCUAGGGGUGGCUGUCAGAAUCCUCCUCGCACAGCACAGGCGAGGCUCCCGGCAAGACUGACAGUAAGAGCCUCUGCGGGAAGGAGCUGGGGGGGCACCCCCGUGGAGCCACUAAAUGAGGGAUGUCGGUUCCUCCCCUGGAGGCCUGGUGGAUGGGCGAAGCCUGGGGCCAGCGUAGGAGGCAGCGAAGGGGUGGGGCUGAGCGGGGAAGGGAGGAGGAGGAGGGGGAGAACCGUGCUGGAGUCCCCUUGCACACAUGUUCAUGGAGCAGUCGCUGUGGGCCUGGCCCUGUUCUGGCCAAAAGGAAAAAAAAGAAAGAAAAACCGUAGGGGAGAGGAAGGGGCCGGAGAGAGGGGACUUCUGGCUGCAGGAAGUGGCAUUCUGGCCUGAAGGAGCGGCAGGAAAGGGGUCCCAGGCACAGGCCCUGCAGGUGCAAAGGCCCCGGAGCCCAGAGGGCACUUGGGGACUUGAGAGGAGAGACGGGUGGCGGCGCUGCUGCCUGGGGUUUGGACUCAGUGGACUCCAGAAAGCAGGCAUUGGAGGAAGGACAACUGAACCCACUGGCUGCUCAUUAACCAGGCCUGACGCUCGGGGUGCCCCCACUUGCUCACCUGCCCGGCUGCUCAUUACCAGGCCUGACGCUCGGGGUGCCCCCACGUGCUCACCUGCCCGGCUGCUCAUUACCAGGCCUGACGCUCGGGGUGCCCCCACGUGCUCACCUGCCCGGCUGCUCAUUACCAGGCCUGACGCUCGGGGUGCCCCCACGUGCUCACCUGCCCGGCUGCUCAUUACCAGGCCUGACGCUCGGGGUGCCCCCACUUGCUCACCUGCCCGGCUGCUCAUUACCAGGCCUGACGCUCAGGGUGCCCCCACUUGCUCACCUGCCCGGCUGCUCGUUACCAGGCCUGACGCUCGGGGUGCCCCCACGUGCUCACCUGCCCGGCUGCUCAUUACCAGGCCUGACGCUCGGGGUGCCCCCACGUCCUCACCUGCCCGGCUGCUCAUUACCAGGCCUGACGCUCGGGGUGCCCCCACUUGCUCACCUGCCCGGCUGCUCAUUACCAGGCCUGAUGCUCGGGGUGCCCCCACGUGCUCACCUGCCCGGCUGCUCAUUACCAGGCCUGACGCUCGGGGUGCCCCCACGUGCUCACCUGCCCGGCUGCUCAUUACCAGGCCUGAUGCUCGGGGUGCCCCCACUUGCUCACCUGCCUGGCUGCUCAUUACCAGGCCUGAUGCUCGGGGUGCCCCCACGUGCUCACCUGCCUGGCUGCUUUAGCUUGAGAACAGAUCGCAUAAACCCCAGAGCUAAUGUUGAACUUGCCGGCUUUUAAAUAGCAACUGCAAACACCACUGCUCCCAGGCCCUGGUCCGAGGGGGCGUCAGGUAUGGCUGGUCUCAGGCACUGCCUCGCAAACACUGAAGUGGAGCAGAGUCAGCUCCCCACUAUCAGGAUCCUUGUCGUCCGCCCCUCCCCUGAGGGGUGUAGCCUUCUCUACUCACCUUUUGUGCUGGGAAUGGUGAGGGGAACCCUUCUCUGCAGGGGAGGGGCAGACGCCCAGACAGCGUGGAUGUCCUCCCCGAGUGGCAAGUUCAGGCCCUGGGUCAGGCUCCAGCUGGAGAUGUCCAGUGGCCUCCCGCAUUGCUGCCCCAGAGCUCCACCAGCUGCUGCUGUGGCCUCGUUCUGCUGCACCUGAGAUCCCUGGAGUGUUCGAAAGUCACCCCCACCAGAGUCCUGCCUGCUGUUCCCCACCAGCUGGUCUGGGGUAGCAGGGUUUGGUUUGCUUAAAGCUGGCGGUUCCAGAGUGCAGCCAGAGGCCUCAGCACAGGUGGGGGGCUGCCAAGCCCCUGGAGAGCCACGUGCAUCAGCCCGGGACCCCCGGCGAGAGAGGAGUUAAGGGGCUGUAGAGAGGGAAGGCACAGUGCGUGGGGGUGGGGCUGGCAUCUG